AUGGAGACGGCUUAUGCAAAUAUUAAUGGGCAAAUAUGGUUGUUCUUUGAUGCAGUGGCGGAAUGGGAAUUAGUGGAGGAUACUGAGCAACAGGUGACUGUGAGAGUACUUCACCAUGACCUAGGGCAGCACAUGAUGAUGGCAUUUGUUUAUGCAAAAUGUUCAGCAAUUGAGAGGUUGGAAUAUUGGGAUCACUUGUAUUACUUAGCAAGUGAUAUGAAUUUUCCAUGGUUGGUAGGAGGGGAUUUCAAUGUGAUAUUACAUGAAGAUGAGAAAAUAGGUGGACUACCGGAUACAAAGGAAGUCCAUUUACAUGGUGGAAUGGGAGAUGCGUGUAUAUUCAAAAGAUUGGAUAGGAUCUUUGUGAAUUUGCCAUUUCAGAACAUGUUGCCAACUAUUGAAGUUGAACAUCUAAUCAGAACUGGAUCAGAUCAUGCACCAUUGUUAAUGACAUGUGGGGAGCAGACCACCAAUUUUGUCAAGCCUUUUAGGGUCUUGAACUUUUGGACUAAACAUGCUACAUUUAUGGAUGUGGUGAGGCAGAAUUGGGAAGCUGAUUUCAUAGGGGAUCCGUUUUGGAUGUUCAAGAAGAAGCUUAAGAGGGUGAAGGAUUGUGCUUCAAAAGGCCUAUCUGAAUUGAAGAAAUACUUGAGUAUUGAGGAGCAGUAUUGGAAGCAAAAAGUUGGGAUGACUUGGUUUGCUGAAGGAGAUAGGAAUACCAGUUUCUUUCACAAUCAUGUCAAUGGCAAAAGAAAGAAAUUGCAGCUGAAGAGGAUCAAAAGUGGAAGUGGGGUAUGGAUUGAAGACCAGGAGCAGUUGGCUGCAGCUGCAGUGGACUUUAUCAAGAACAGUUCACAAAUGAAGAAUUUGGAACUUAGUAGAUUGCCAAUAAUUGAAGAGGUAAGGACAUCAGUUUUUGAGCUUACUGGGGAGAGUGCUAGUGGUCCAGAUGGAUUCACUGGCCUAUUUUAUCAAAUAUGCUGGGAUGUUAUUGGUGCUGAUAUACACAACAUGGUGCUACACUUCUAUGAAGGAGCUGCACAGCCUAAAUCCAUCACUCACACCAAUCUAGUGUUGCUGCCUAAGAAGCCUAGAGUUGAGACCUUUUCUGACUUAAGACCUAUUAGCUUGAGCAACUUCAUUAACAAGGUCUUGUCUAGAGUAUUACAUGAUAGAUUGGAAAAAUUUUUGCCUUCUCUAAUAUCUCCUAAUCAAUCCGGAUUUGUGAAGGGUAGGAGUAUAUUUGAGAACAUUUGA